AUGGCAAAUAGUCGAUUAGGGAUCGCCAACAACGACGACGACGACGACGAUGGAGAUGAGAGUGUAUUUCGUAUUUUGCAAGCCACAAGCGGCGCGAAGAACUCCUUUUCUGCAACGGUUGCCAGUCACCUCGAACGCCACCUCCGCCUCGGCACGAUUGAGCACCGGCCUGACUGUGCCGCUUUGAGCCGUGCAACUAUCGCAAUGUAG